AUGGGCAGCAUAAUCAGAUUCUUGGGAAACCCGGGGUCCAGACCAAGUGUUUCGCAACGGGCGCCUAUCGCAGGCAGCUUGACCGAAGUUGAAAUACCCACCAAGAAGGCCGAAGAUGGGGGACUAACGAUUCUGGACAAUAGCAGCGAUGAGAUCUCGGAGAGUGAAAUGGGACAUGUGGACGUGAGAGAGGAGGGCGCAAUUUUGACAACGCAUGGUUUCACAGGCCUCCAAAAGGAUUUCGGCGACCGUGUCUUGGACAAACUUGUGAUGUUCGCCGGCACGCAAUUCAUCUUCUUCAUUAUGUGGGCCAUCAUCAUCGUUUGGAUCGUACUGGGGAUCGUCUACAAGGCUCCAGAUAACUGGCAGGUGGUUAUGCAGGACGGUCAAUCGCUGCAGAGUUACUUCUGGGACACUCUGCUCAUGAGACAGCAACUGACCAGCGCACACGACCACACCAACGUCUGCGCGGUCUUAAGAUCUCGUAUCCGGACUUUCAAAAAGUUCGGGCUGUCGCCUGCGGCCCAAUUGGCGCGCGAAAAAUCACAGGAAGAUGUCCAAGCAACGUCUUACGAGGUUCAGGGCGCACUCAAAGAUGGUAAGGGCGAGUUGGUCGUUGAGAGUUGGUACGACAGACUAUCGACCUUGGCAAGCAAACUCAUCGGAUCUUUGCCAGCCAUUCUCAUUUUCUGGGGCGGUAUCUUUGCCUGGGUUGGCUGUGGUGCUUUGCCGCUGGCGACGGGCAACAACCCUCCAUUCUCGAGCUCCAACCCGGAAUACAAAAAGUUUAGUGACCUUUGGCAACUUUGUAUCAACACUGCCACAGCGGUUCCGUUGCUAAUCUGUACCAUGUUUCUUCAGAACAUCAGGGCGAGGCACGAAAAGUACAUCACCAAGCUUCUUGCUGCCGUUUUUGACAUAGACACUGAGAUCGAAGAACAUCUAAGAACGGUGAACGGAGACUUUACCACACCAAACGAGAUUGUCACCAUUCCUGCUCGCGACAGAUCGGUUUUCGAAAAGGUGAUUGAUGUGUACGCAGACAUCAUUGGAACCGGUGUUGGAUUAGUGAUAGCCAUUGGAGCAAUUGCAGCUUGGUUAGCCAUUGGAAACGUGAUGUCUUGGAGUUCCAAUUGGUGGUUAAUCAUUGGUACCUACACUGGUCUAAUCGGUUUCUUGGACGGAUCUGUCCUCAGACAGGUUUAUUUCAGAAUUGUUAAUCAGGAAGAAGAGAACUAUGCGUUGAUGGCACAGGAAGACGCAGAUUUGUUUGAAGCAUUGGGUUUGCAUUGCCCAGACGAAUUGUUCGUCGACCACAAGAAAGCGAAGUCAUCUUUUUCGCUAAAAAUAUCAAAUGCCAUCAACAGAGCUUGUUCCUCGCAGCUCUGCGUCUUAGCUUCUAUUUCCACCAUUAUAGGUUUAAUCAUUGUUGCUUCGGCCCUUCGCUGGAGUACCACCGGUCAACUUAUUUGCAACACACCUACCAUGAUCAUUGAAGAGUUCUUUUUGAUCGUUUUGAUUCAAGCACACAACUGGGCAGACAAAAGAAGACGGAUUGACGUUUCCACGCUUUACGCUCGCAGAUGUCUGCUUCGCUCACAUUUGAAAGGCGCUAAUAACUAG